UUCUUUUUCCUUCCCCCGAGCUCAGCUGCCGCCCGCUAAGAGAGCGCUCCGAGCCGGCCUCGGGGCCGGUCGUGCCCGCGGCUCCCUGCGUUCGCGGGGACAUGCGGCUUUGAGGAGGGAGCCUCACGUCAGCCUCAAGCGUCUUCUCUGGAGCGGCGGACAUGGGCCCCCCGCGGAGGGGGGGAGCUCCCCUCGCCCCACUCCUCCCUGCCCUGGUCCCACUGAGAUCGGCAGGCGCUGACGGGGCCCAGGAUCUAGCGGGAUCGGACCCGUCUAGGUUAGAGUGGGGCAGGUGAUGGUCCUUCCCUUGCUGAGGUCCCGGCAUCGCCUCUUGCAGCUGCCUGGAGUGUCUUCUCGUUGAGACCAGAGUUCUAGCUGUGGGAGCACCAGGGCAGAACAGACUGCUCCGAGCCACAGGAGAGGGACGGAAGGGGCUGCCAGGAAGACCUUCAUCCCUGCAGCGCUGCUGCUAGAGUUAGAGAGAAACGUGCUGCCUCUCCUCUCUGUUUCUUUUGAUCUCCUGUAGAGGAGAGUGCCCACUUUCACCGCUGUCUCCUGCUCUGCCUGCUCCUGCUUUCAGCAUGGUAAAGAAGAAUACUAUCCCCGAUGGAUGGCGGAGUUUGACACCAGUUGGACAGCCUAUACCAGGAACUAGAUUUAUUGCAUUCAAAGUACCUUUAAAAGGGGCAAUUAACCAGAGGCUUACCCCAACCCAGAAAUUUACACCAAAAGACCUGAUUGCUGCAAUGAAAGCCCUAAAUGUGGAGCUUGGAUUAAUUAUUGAUUUAACAUAUACCACACGAUACUAUGAAGUUAAGGAUUUACCUAAAAGCGUGCAGUAUAAGAAACUGUAUACUGUUGGACUUGAAGUCCCCGAUAAUGCUACUAUCCUGCAGUUCAAAAAAUGGGUCAGAAAAUUCCUGUGGGAAAAUGCAGGAAAUGAGAAACUCAUUGGCGUUCACUGUACUAAUGGAAUUAAUAGAACUGGCUACCUUAUAUGUAGAUAUCUUAUAGACGUUGAAGGCUGGGAUCCAGAGGCAGCAAUCCAAGCUUUUGGUGAUGCUAGAGGUCAUCGCAUGGAUGGUCUUGUAUAUCUCACAGAUCUCAGAACACAACCAAUGAGAAGUAACCUUGGAAUGGAUGUAUGGGAUUCAGAUGAAGAUAUUAUUCCCCCACCACAUGCAAUGGAAGGACCUGUAGAGCGGUUCCCAAAUGAAGAUUUUCAGGGGUCUGGGAAAAGAUUAAGAAUUUAUGAUGACCACUCUCACAAUGAUUUGCAAGGACAGAUACAGUUGAGAGAUUUUGAUUUCAUCAGUAAGGGACCUGGACAAAGACGAAGACCAUUUCAUGACCAUCAGACUCAGGACGAUUUAAGAGCACCAAUGCAGAUGAGAAAUUGGGACUACAACAGGGGACCAGGACAGAGGCGAAGACCCUUUCCUGAUCACCAGUUUUAUGAUGAUUAUCAAGAAGACAUGCAGCUGAAGGACCUAGACUUCAGUAACAAGGGACCUGGACAAAGGUUGAGACCUUUUCAUGGACAUCAGUUUCAUGAUGAUUUACAGGCAGAGAGACAAUCGAGGGACAUUGAAUUUAACAGAGGCCGUGGACAAAGGCAGAGAUCUUUUCCUGACCAUUCAUCUCAUAAUGAUUUGCAGGAAGACAGACAGUCAAAGGAUUUUGAUUUUGGUAGCAGGGGCCGUGGCCAGAGACGAAGACCGUUCCAUGACCACCAAUCUCAUGAUGAAUUCCAGACUCAGAUGCAGUUGAAAGACUUAGAUUGUGUCAACAAAGGUCCUGGCCAAAGACUAAGAUCUUUCCAUGACUAUCAGUCACACGAUGACUUACAGCCACAGAUGCAAUUGGAAGAUUUUGAAUUUGUUAAUAGGGGUCGUGGACAGAGGUUGAGACCUUUCAAUGAUCACCAGCCUUGUAAUGACUUACAAACAGAGAUGCAACUAAAAGAUUAUGAUAAAAUGGGUCCUGGACAGAGGCACAGACCUUGUCAUGACCAUCAGCCUUAUGAUGACUUACAGGAACAGACUCAGUUAAAAGAUUUUGAUUAUGUUAGUAAAGGGCAUGGACAAAGGCCAAGACCUUUUCAUGAUCAUCCAGGGCACGAUGACUUGCCACGUGAAUGGUGUUCGGACAGAAGUCAAUCCUUUUCUUCCCAUGAAAAUGUACCAGAACAUAAUUUCUCCUCAUCUCCUUCACUUCACAGAGAUUAUGGGUCUGAUAAUGAUGACUUUAACAGAAGUUAUAGUAAUCAACCAAAUUGUCCUGAAGACAAUAGGAGAAUGCAUCCCUCAGAUGAAUUUAAUAGAGGAAAAAACAGAUUUGCACCAUAUUCUUCACGAACAGUGCAUCCAUCUUCAUCUGUACACCAAGAAGAUAGUUCAAUAGACUAUGAACGAAAACCUUUUCAAGGUGAAACUACCAGAGAGAUGGAAAAAAGCAAAAGAUUACCGGUUCUAACAGUUGAUUACAAUUAUGGUCUGCCAUUAGAUUAUGGACCUGAAGAGGAAGAGAGAACACAUUAUGAUUUACCUCCAAGAGACCGCUACAACUGGAACUGAAUAAAAAGGACAAUGUUUGCUCAGCUUAGACUUACUUUUACCAUUUUACUUUGUAUGUGGACCUUUUUUUUUUUUUUUUUUAACAAAUUAGGAAAAUGCAAAUUUCAGUAGUAGAGAACUGGUCUCUAUUGUAAGAUUAGCUUCUACUGAUGUUUGGUUCUUUAAAUUUAUUAGGGUGUGUUUGUUAAGUGUAGUUGGAGACAAGGUCUCAGUACACAUGGAAUUAAAGUAGUCCUUCCUUUAGUGAAAUUGGAACCCUGUACCUUAAAACAAACAACUUUCUGAGUGGUUGUAGUUGUGUCUUUUGUUUUACAUUUCUUUAAAAUGUAUGUAAUUUCCAGAUGCAAAAGUCAUAAUAAAAUACUGCUCUAUCAGGUAGACUAGCAUUGAGAUUAUAGAAAAAAUACAAUGAAAUGAGUGAAGCAAAGUUAUAUCCACUUCAUCCUUUAAUUUGAAAAUACCAGUUUGAAUUAUUGCUAACAAUCUCUGCAGCAUUGCAGUUUAAUUCCAGGGUUUCUGUACUAUCAACUGAACUAACCUAGUUGCACUCUUUUUUCAUAGCAGAAUUUUUUCCAGAUUGCUAAGAAUGUGGAAGCAAAUGGAGUUUGAAUACUCUAAAUGUCAAACUUGCUUUUCAGUAAUCUGAAUAUCCCAUCCUGAUUGUAUAUUUUUUCCUGAUCCCAUAAGUAAUAUGUUUCAGAAUAGCCCAGUGUAAGUAAAUUUCACAAUUUUCUCAGCAACACAUCCAAAUGAGGUAGCUCAUAUAUCAUCAGCUUGCCUGUCUCAACUGGCCAAGAUCAGUGGUGCCUAUAUACUUACACCUCCUUGUUUGUCAGUCAUACCUGUCUUACUCUGCAGUUCUAUUUUUUACUAGUUUCUUUUUACAGCACAGCAAAGUAAUGUAAUCAGAAUAGAAGAAUAACCUCUUCAGGUAAGUUACUUUUAAGAGUCAUGUAUUGAACGGUGUCCUCUGAACUGCCACUUCAGUGGGUCUCGAGAAGGUGGUGCAACAAACAGUAACUAAAUUCAUGCCAGCAGCUGUACGGUAGCACCAAAAGCUCCGACUGUGGAUAAAGAAAUCUUAGUUCAUAGGAUGGAAAGCAGUAUUAAUGUAAUACUUAGGUAAAUUUUUUAAAUAACAUUUUUCAUUAUUAUUACAUUUCCAUAAAUUAAUAUUUUAAAAGGUAUCACAGUAAAUAAGGAUAAAGCUAGACUAUGAUAUUAAAAUAAACAAAAUGAAUGCUAGAUAUUUUAAGUCAUGCAGUUAAGAAACUGCCUCAAAAGCAGCGUAGCUGUAAAGCAAGAGGGUGUAGGUAUACACUAGAAAACUGCAAAAAAAACCCCGUGUUCAUAGGCAGAACCCACAGAGCUUUUUUGCCUUUUAGCAGCAGCAUAAAACCCAGAUUUUCUGAAUUCAUGGUUCCAUGACUACUAAAUAAGGACUAGAUUUGAAAAGUGUGGAACAUCUGGCAACUCCUCUUGUUUUGUAACACAUGCAGAAAGUUCCCAAAAUAAAAGGAUUCUGUGGAUAUAAAUUCAAACUGCAAAUGCUUCAUUGCCUUUGCAACUGGUAGAACAACUUUGGCUUUGUUCACUGUACAAAGUAAAUAGUUUUCUCAUUUUCACGGUAGCUAGUCAGUUGUAUUUGCCAUUACAUCUCUGAUAGUGAGCCUCAUUCAUGUGGUCUCAGGUUGUGGAACUGAGCACUAAAUGUUAAGAAAAGGCAUUUCCUUCACUUGCCUUUUUUUUUUCUUUUUAAGUGAGGGGUAAGCUGAGACUUUUUAUCUAGGCUUCUUUAUUUUGGAGGCAAGGAAGAUCUGCAACAUGGGCUACUAUAUUGCCAGAUUCUUUAUAAAAACAACAACAAAAAAACCCUGGUAUUCUCCAGCAGGGAGCUAAGAAUUAGGGACUGGUAUUACAAGCAUUUGGGGUGGUUUUUUAUACUAUAUAUGCAGUAUUCAUAAAGUGAAUAAAAAGCAAACAUUUGCCCUUCA